UGUAUAUUCUGGUCAACCCUCGAGCCAGUCGUCUUUACCUCACUGGUGACGUCACCUGGGGCUUCACUGACUGGCCGGUGGGUGUGUCUUAGACGCAGGGGCUUCCAUUCAUAAAUACCUUUAAGCCGCAUGAAAAAUUUGCACAUUCAAAAGUGUUCUCGCAGACUUUCCCGUGGUUUGCCCCCUCCGCCGCUGGCCGGACCACGCAGGUUGAGCAGGGGGACUCCUUAGUUGGCUUGGACCAUGAGCUAUGAGUCUGCCGUCUGGAACAUCCCACCAGAAAACGCCACUGAGGUACCGCUUGAGACGGAGGAACAGCAAGAUGGCUUUGUGCUUCUGCUGGUGAUCCUGUCCAUCUUCCUGGCGGGGACGUUGAUCUUUGUCUCCAUUCUUCUCAUCACCUGCCGCCGUUGCUGCCGAGGAGGAGGUCAAUGCUGUGAAAGUAGCAGCGAUGAUGUUGAGAAAACCAACGCUACAUACACGGAGGAGUCUCAGCCCACCCAUGAAAUCACGAUCAAGGUGGAUGAGUCCGACUGUUUGUCAGUGGCCAGCUCUCACGAUCAGGAGACAGAGCGCUUCCUCUCCACGGGAACCACGGGCCGUCGGGUCUCCUUCAAUGAGGCAGCGCUCUUUGAUCACGGCAAGAAGGCUCAGGAGAAGGGUCGCAGAUACACUCUGACUGAGGGAGACUUUCACCAUCUUAAGAACGCGCGGCUCACGCACCUCCACAUCCCGCCCCCGACGCUCAAGAUAGUCACCAUCCAUGAGUGCGACUCGGCGGAGAACACCAUCGCCAUGACAACGCACCCUGUCGCCAAGUCGGCGCUCUCCAUCUUCCAGCCCAUGCUGUGUCCCCUGCCGCAAACCGCACUGACCAGCUUGAGCCCCAAUUCCAGCUCUGCUCUCCCUGGUGACACCCUCAACUCAACCGUGGUGGAGGCCACUUUUAGUGCAAAUACGACUGCUAAGACAAAUGGAGGGUCUACGGAGAUGAUCGGAGUAGCGUCCCGGGGCCGAGGCGGCAGCGUCAGCGCAGGAGGAGGGACCGCCCCCGCCGGCACUGUGCCUCCUGUGACCAGCGGUUCAGGAGGCCAGGGUCCAGUCCAGCAGUUCUUCACUAAGCUGCGGCGCCACGCGAGCCUGGAGGGGGCCAGUCCCUAUUUCAAAAUUAAGAAAUGGAAGCUAGACAGCAGCCAGAGGGCUUCAAGUCUGGACAUGAGAGGCUCACCGAAGAGAAGGCAGUUCCAGCGUCAACGGGCCGCCAGCGAGAGCAUGGACCAGGACGACAAUGACACACAUCAUAUUGAUCUUAUCCAGUACAUUGCCCGCACCCAGGACAUCGCCUACGGUCCCGGCAGGCCUGUGCUCUCUCCUCCAUCUGCACCACCCCCGUCCCUCGGCAGGGUAGAGGUAGAGGUAGAGGUGAUGGUGGAGCCCACCUGCAGCCAUACUGGGCCGGGGGUGAUUGGCCUGUCCCCUGAUCCCCAAGACGAAGGGUUUUCCCUGGCGACAAGGGAAAGCUCUGAACCGCUAUCACUCCAGGAUCCCCAGACACUUUACAGAGACAUUUGGACCUUACGCGCAUCACUGGAACAAUAUGCUGCCUCAGACCAAAGCAGCAAUAAUGAUCGGAACUCUAUCUGCAGCGAUGCUGACAGCGUGUGUACAGAAAAAGAAAGAGAAGAGCUCCCCAGCUGCUCAUCCCAAGACUUGGGAGAUGAAACGGAAGGUGCAGAGGAUGAGAAGGAGUUUUUGGUGUACAUGGAUGAGACACUGGGGGCAAAAGAUGUAAGGAAACAACAAAGUACUGAAUCCGAGCGAGGCGGGAGUGACGGUGAAACAUCUACUCGUAAAUUGUUGCAAAUGGAUAGUGGCUACGCAUCAAUAGAGGCCCCUUUUCGUGGUCCUGAAGAUUUGCGAAUGUUUGGAAGCAGCAGCCCAAAGGAGAGAACGGCCCACGAGAAGAGGCACCACUUCACCAAGGCAGGGCGUUCUGGCACGAUUGGCGAGAGCUUUGAGUCGCACCUCUAUGAGGAGGGGCCAGAUGAGCAAUUGUUGGGCGCCACAGGAGGAGUUUCCAUAGAAACUGGCGUUGAGCCACCGAGCUGGUUUCCAUACGGCCAGAUGAUCACCCCUCGGGAGGCUUCACAACCCCCCGCUCAACCCGCAACCCUUCAUCGGAGAGACUACAGCAUAGAUGAGAAAACGGAUGCGCUCUUCCACGAGUUUCUCCGUCAUGACCCCCAAUUUGACCAGCAGGAGUCAGCGCUAAAGAAGCACCGGUCCCGAAUCCACAUUCGAAAGCAGUGGCAGCGGCACAAACAGUGGAGCGACCCCGGCGUCAGACACUUCCAUUCCUCUUUCGAGAGACAACGAACUCCAUUAAGGAGGGGUGACAGUGUGAACUGCCCGAUGGAUACGAGCUACCAGAGCAUGCUGCCCCGCAUCGUCAGCGCACCCGACGAAGAGACCAGCGACAGCAGCACCCCCGAAACUCCAAAGAUAGAGAUUACAACUCGCGAGGUUGCAGGGAAGGAGAAAGGACAAGAUUCCACCGGAGAUCCGAUAUCAUCAUCAUCAUCACAUCUUCAACCAUCCACCUCCGAGAAAGACGAACGGCAGAGUGAGCAUCCGGAGACUCAAGAGGACAGCAAACCGCCCGGACACCCCUUAGAACCUUUGGACGAGCGGUCGCCCCUUCAACCACCCGACUCCUCGGGCUAUGGCCCACAAACCAUCACGGCAGAGCUCACGGACAAAUUGACCGCUAACCUAGACGAGAGGCUAUAUACGAGCCUUCGAAGGACCAAGGACACAGCGACCGAGUGUUUGACGGUGACGGCUACCCAUGCUUCUCCAGACCACAGUCCGGUGUAGCUCCACUCGUCUUCACGGUUGACACCAUAGCUGCUCAUUCGCACUCACGGCUCUGUUUUGAUAAUGAAUUUAAAAUGAGAUGAAUGAACAAGCCGGGCGGUACAGUUCAGUUUGGUUCGCUUCGGUAACAUUUGGAAGAUCAAAACCUUAUCCGGACGGACAUCAUUUGAAUGUGACAGUGUUACCCAAAAAGAAAAAGUCUGGUGCUGCAUGCACACGAGAAAAUUUCUACCCAUGCUAGUUUGUAAAUGCCACCUUUUUUUGUCUUCUGUUGUCACGUAGAGGUUACAAGCAUCUGUGAACCAUUUUUUAAAUUUUCCCUUCACAACGUUUAAGGGUAGGAAUCUAAAAAAAAAAAAUUUGAAAAUCACACUAAAAUGAAUCAAACUGUAUCGCUUGGUGGUCAUUCAAGGGUCUUAUUUUUGUCAUAUGUCGGUGGUCAGUGGUGAAAUGAUUUGUAGAGUCGAAGGUAAUGACACGGUUGAACAUUAAUUUUUGUUUUUCUGUUCCUGUCUUCUCGUAAUUAAUGUUAAGUUAUGGAAUGGUGUAGCUGGUCCGCAUGCGGCAAGUGAAGUGGUACAGGUGUAGACUAAUCUAUAACAAAACACUAUAAUAAUAUAUUUUAUCACUACAAUUAAUUGUUUUGGGGUUGGGUUUUAAGCCUACCGUGUGUGUUGCAUUUUAUAAACCCAAAUAUAGAAUAUGCGCUAAAACGCGCUGGGAGAUUCAGGUUAAGCUAGUUGUUCAGAUCACUAGUUUGCCAAAACAUCAUUUGGGACUCACAUUCUUUGACUGGGUUUGUACUCAAUUGUAUGUAAACAGACACGAGUCACAAGUAUCAGUUGUAGUCGAAAACACUGGCGCUUUCCAUGGGUAGUUAGCUAGCUAGCUAGCUGCUAGUAUUUCUUCGGUUAAAGCUCAUGUGAAAACAUCGCAUCCGUUUCCAUACAUUGUGUUCAAAUAGUUCGGGUUCUACUUCACCUUUUAUCGAUUUUCUCUCAGAAUCUCCUUCAAUGUCAUCAUUCAUGUGUAGCUAAAUAUAUUUUUGUACGUGCUUUCAGUGUGAACGUGCUAGACACGGCAAUGCAUUUUUUUAAACAACGCAGGACCGCGGAGAACACUUUAGGUCCAGUCCUGGUCUUGUAGAGGUUUGCGGUUUUACGUUAGCAGUGAGCUAAAAGGCUCGCUCUUUACGGGUGUUUGCGUUUUUGUUGAAUUUCUAUGAAAGGCAUGACUUCUUGCGCAUGAGGCUCAACGGGAAGGACUUUAUUUGCCUUGCAUCUGACAUCCUUGUUUUCCUGUCCGCGUAUCCUCGUCUGCUCCUAAGACAGUUGACAGCAGAGGAGAUGCCUGCUAACUCACAAUGCACCUAAUAGCCAAUCAUUUUUUUGCUCCUGGAUCUUUUUGCUUGAGUGUAAGCUUGUUUUGAUGAUAGAACAUUAUUCCCAGGGGCUCCCUGCCUCAUGCGCAGCGAGGGGAGCCUCUGCAGAGGUGUGGUAUUGAAUAUAAAUCAUCACAGCAGAGGGGAAACCCUCAUUUUGAGUCUCCUUCUUUGUGAGCCCGUUGCAUCGCGGUGCCUCUGCAGUUAACGUUUGAAAGAUGAAGUUCCCUGAAAGUCAAGAAUCAGCAUAUCGGUACUAAAACGUAGAUCAGCAUUUUGGUUUUGCGUAUGCUGAUGAAUCAUUUUGGGUUCACGAGAACAGAUUGGUGGCAACUGGAAGUGUUUUUUAUGAAAUAUAGGUUUUGUUGAAAGUAUUACUCUGAUGACAUUUACAUUUCCUGUCGUCCAAAUACAGCUGGGUUAGACUCCAGCAUGCCCGAGACUCGAGUGAGGAUGAGGAUGUUUCUCAGAAAACGUGGUCCGCACAGGACUACAAAUGUUGAGCCAGUUAGAGAGUCAAUAUUUUUUUCCCCCCUUUUACAAAUCAAUCACCAUAUUUGACUGUUUACAUCCUUGCAUAAAUACUGCAGAGAUCAAAUAAACAACCUUACUGAGAACGG